ACUCAACCAACACUCAACGCUUUUGCUUAAAGCCUUGGUUCACCACUACGCCUAGUAAGGGGCCAACUCCGCGCUUACUGGCAAGAAAAUGGCUGCCAUAUUACCACAGCCGGCAGAGUCCUCUUUCGAAGAGAAGCUAAAUGCUCUGCAAAGCACCCCGCUCUUUAUGAAAUCUCUACCCUCAGAAGAAUCCGAUGACCCUGUGAUUCAAGCCUUACAAAGCCUCGCCUUCGAAGGAACGCCAGAUGAGAUCGCUCAAAAUUUCAAAGAGCAAGGAAACGACUACUUCAAGGGAAAACGCCAUCGAGAAGCAAUCAGCUUCUACACGCAGGGAAUUGAUGCCAAGCCAUCUGAUAUUGUGUUGCACGAAGCUCUCUUAUGCAAUCGUGCCGCAUGCAACCUUGAAUUAAAGAACUAUGGUUCCGUGCUCCGAGACUGCUCGAAGGCACUCACCCUGAACACGAAGUCUUCAAAAGCCUAUUACCGCUCUGCUAUGGCGUUAUUCGCGCUGGAGCGCUUUGAAGAGUCCCUCGAUUGCUGCGAGAGAUGCCUGGAGUAUGACCCAGACAACCAAGGGGUCAAAUCAGCCCGCGAUCGUUCCGCCAAAGCGAAGGCAGAGAAGAGCCGCAAAGAGAGCGAAAAACAGGAACGAAUACAUAGAGAACAAAGAGAGAAGAAACUCCUGCAGGUGGCGUUCAAGGAACGACAUUUGUUUGCCGUCUACAACCCGAAAGGGUCAUCAGAAAACCCAUACGAGCCUCAUUUUGACCCGGAGGACCCUGAAGGAACGACGUUGAUAAUCCCCGUGUUCUUCUUGUAUCCACAAUAUGCGACUUCGGACGUCAUAGCGCAUUUUGUCGAAGAUACCACCUUUUCUACUCAUAUUUAUCAGAUGUUUCCGCCGCAGGCGCCUGCACCUCUCUGGGAUAAAGCCGGGCAGUACGUUGCGAAUACCCUAGUGGUUUACGCAAUAACCAGAAGGAAGCGCCUGCUCAAAGUUGGCAAGAAGAUGUCAUUGAGGGACGUGUGCAAUGCGGCCAAGGCAAAAGAAGGGGAACCUGACGAUGGAUUAGAGUUGAAAGACGGGUGCUUGACGAGAGGUAGAGCAAAAUUGGGUAGAGGAAUUCAAGCGGACACGAGACAGCUAGACACAUAUCCGCAUAGUGCAAUGAACAGGGGUGUUUCCACAUUGAGAAGCAAAAUGCACCACGUGCACACAAAUGUGUUGGUCACUGUUUGGCGCGAUAGCCAGACACCAUACGGUAAGACUCAUCGCAAAAAAGACAUCGACAAAGGCGUCAAGCUCGGGCCUCAUAUUCCAGUCAUGUCUGUCACCCACAAGAUUCUCCGUUCUGCAAAUGCACCAACCACCUCCCCCGAUGAGACCGAGGUUUCCGUCGCUCAGGCUCUAAUCGACCUCGAGAACAAUGUCCCUGAACUCAAGACUGAGCUCCGUGCUCUGCAGAUUUCCGCUGCCCGUGAAGUUGAUGUACGAGGUGGAAAGAAGGCUAUCGUCGUGUUCGUUCCCGUUCCCCAACUGAAGGCGUUCCACAAGGUGCAGCAGAGACUCACCCGUGAGCUGGAGAAGAAAUUCUCUGACCGCCACGUCGUUUUCGUGGCUCAGCGUCGGAUGCUGAGCAAGCCCACCCGUAACUCGCGGGUGAAGCAAAAGAGACCCCGCUCUCGUACACUCACCAACGUACACGAGAAGAUCCUGGAGGACCUUGUGUUCCCGACCGAGAUUGUUGGCAAGAGGACUCGCGUGUCUGUUGACGGAUCAAAACUUUUGAAAGUCAUCCUUGACCCUAAAGAUGCGACAUCGCUUGAGUACAAGCUGGACUCGUUCUCUUCGGUAUACCGCCGUUUGACGGGCAAGGAUGUGACAUUUGAGUUCCCCCCUGCAAACCAAGAGUAGAUUACGAUAUCUCUAUUCAUUCAUGACACAUGUUCCGGUUCCCUGCAUUCUCCGACAAAAAUAAGGACAUCCUGCUUAUGUCUUGUUUGGGCUAUGUGCUGUGAUAAUACCGGAAGCACUGCAGCACUGAGUAACCUGAGCGAAUCCGCCUGACA